UUUGCCAACAGAUAUGAACGCACCAUCAGCUGUCGUCAAGGUCACGUGACGUUUGUUGACGGUAGAAGACAGAGGAAGAUGGCGGCUCGCUGGAGCAGCGAGAAUGUUGUGGUGGAGUUUCGGGAUGCCCAGGCCACUGCUAUGUCUGUGGACUGUCUGGGCUCUCACGCUGUGCUGUCUGGGCGGCGUUUCCUGUACAUGGUGAAUCUGGAGGCUCCAUCUGAACCUCCUCGGAAAAUCGGUCGACAGAGUAAGUGGGACGUGGGGACGGUCCAGUGGAACCCACACAAAUCAGAGUCCCACGUCUUUGCUGCCUCCAGUAACCAGCGUGUGGAUCUGUACUCGUGGAGGGAGGGCUGUGGAGAGGCUCACACCUCCCUGCAGGGACACACUCGGGUCAUCAGUGAUCUGGACUGGUCCUGGUUUGAGCCGGAGCUCCUGGUCACCAGCUCAGUGGACACCUACAUCUACAUCUGGGACACCAGAGACACUCGAAAACCCACAGUGGCUCUGUCUGCUGUCGCCGGAGCGUCUCAGGUGAAGUGGAACAAGAAGAACCAGUACCUGCUCGCGUCCAGUCACGACGGAGACGUACGGAUCUGGGACAAAAGAAAGCCAAACACGGCGGCGGAGUAUGUGGCAGCUCACCUGUCAAAGAUCCACGGCCUCGACUGGCACCCGGACAAUGAGUUCAUCCUUGCCACGUCGAGCCAGGACAACUCAGUCAGGUUUUGGGAUUACCGACAGCCUAGGAAGUACCUGAAUAUCCUGUCCUGCCAGGUGCCGGUGUGGAAGGCCAGGUACACGCCGUUCUCUAACGGUCUGGUCACAGUGAUGGUUCCUCAGCUGAGGAGAGAGAACAGUCUGUUACUGUGGAGCACGCUCGACCUCAACAGUCCUGUCCACGCCUUCGUCGGACACGAUGACGUGGUGCUUGAGUUCCGCUGGAGGCCCCAGAAAGAAGGCUCUAAAGAUUACCAGCUGGUCACCUGGUCCAGAGAUCAGACUCUGAGGAUAUGGAGGGUGGAUCCUCAGCUGCAGAAGCUGUGUGUCAGUGAUGUGGUGGAGGACCUGAUGGAGGGGAUGUCUCUGACUGUGGAGUCGGAGAAGUCUUUGUCCUCUCAGGAGCCAGAGAGUCAACACAGCGUCGGUCCUGCUGCCAACAACCUGCAGGACCAGGACGGCUCUCGUCAGGACUCUGCGGUGGGUUCAGGUCUCCCUCAGACCCUGCAGCAGGAGUUCUCUCUGGUCAACCUGCAGAUCAGAAACGUCAAUGUGGAGAUGGACGCAGUGAACCGCAGCUGUGUGGUGUCGGCUCACUUCGGCAGCCAUCAGGUUCAUCUGGUGGUGAAGUUUCCCGCCCAGUAUCCCAACAACGCAGCACCAACCUUCCAGUUUGUCCCCCCGACCACCAUCCCCUCAUCCAUGAAGACCAAGAUCCAGAAGAUCCUGACGGACACAUCUCUGCAGAAAGUGAAGAGGAACCAGAACUGUCUGGAGCCGUGUGUCCGACAGCUGGUGUCCUGUUUGGAGUCUGAUAUGACUCAGGAGGACGGUCCGGCCUCUGGUCCCUUCGUCCUCUCGAACCCCGUCACUCCAGCUCUGCAGGCGUUUCCUCGAGUCACCAACACAUACGGCUCCUAUCAGGACGCUAAUAUCCCGUUCCCUCGGACCUCUGGCGCUCGUUUCUGUGGCACUGGCUGUCUGGUUUACUUCACCCGACCAAUCACCAUGCACCGCUCUGUCCCGCCCACUGAGCCCACUCCCAGGUCUCUGUCAGCUCUGUCGGCCUAUCACAGCGGUGUGUUGACGCCGAUGAAGAUGCGUUCAGAGUCUCAGAGCACUCUGAGGCUAUACAGCGGCAGCCCGACCCGCUCUGACAAAGACACCGUCUCCAUCUCCUCCUUUUACUACAAAGAACGGAAGCUCCCAGUCUCUGCCUCCCGCCGCUGGUCUGUCCAAACCCUCCAUGACUGGCCGAAAUCCCGCCGGUUCAAGACGAAGCGAGAGGGGACAGACUACGGCAACCGUCCCAUCAAACUGGCGGGGAAAGUCAUCAUCCAGGAGAUUUCCUGUCUGCUGCCCGUCCACAAAGCUCUGGGAGAGAGCUACAUUCUGAAUAUGAAUGACAUCCAGGAAACGUGUCAGAAGAACGCAGCAGCAGCACUCGCAGUCGGACGCAGAGACGUGGCAAAGGUCUGGGCUUUGGCGUCUGCAGCGACUAGCCAGGACCUGAGUCCAGAUUCAGACCCGGACACAGAGACUCCCUGGGCCAGACACCCGUUUGGACGCCACCUGCUGGAGACUCUUUUGGAUCACUACAGUCAGAUGAGUGACGUGCAGACUCUGGCCAUGCUGUGCAGUGUGUUCAGAGCUCAGGCUUCACCUCCAGACUGUUACUCUCUGUAUGGACACCACCCGUCACGCUCCUCCAUGUUCCCCCCACACCACUCACGAUAUCCCAGCUACACCUCCAGUUCAGUCACCUCAGGCUCCUGCUCCAGCACCUCUGACUCCAUCACUACAACCACCUGGAACACAGGACGAGACUCUGAGCACGCCAACCCCUGGGGCGAAUCCUCUCCUGAUGACUAUCGCUAUGGAAACCAGGGUUACACAGAUCCCCGGGAACGAGAGCGAGAGCAGCAUGACAUGAACAAGAGACUGCUGGACCCCGCAAACACGCUGCAGUUCGAUGACUUUAAGAAGUGUUAUGGUGAAAUCCUGUACCGCUGGGGUCUGAGAGAGAAAAGAGCUGAUGUGCUAAAGUUUGCCUCCUGUCCUCCUGAACCUCAUAAAGGCAUCGAGUUCGGUGUGUACUGCUGUCACUGUCGUAGUCAGGCUCGUGGGACUCAGUGCGCCGUCUGUAAACGUCUCACCUUCCAGUGCGCCAUCUGUCACGUGGCCGUACGAGGCUCCUCCAACUUCUGCCUGAGCUGUGGUCACGGAGGACACACCAGCCACAUGAUGGACUGGUUUCGGCGGCAGGACGAGUGUCCGGCCGGCUGUGGCUGCCACUGUCUGCUGCAGAGCACCUUCUGAUACAACACAGACACUGCAAACAAAAAGCAACAGAUCUGAGGUACAUGUGCUCUGACGUCCAUCAGUGCUGUGACUGAUCUGAGCCUCUGAUGCAGAGGAGGGUUUUUGAAGACCCAGAUGUCCUCAUACAGGCAGGACCUAAAGACAGUAGCACCAGAUGAGAUUCACUCUGGUAAUUCAUGGUCCCAGAGGAUGGCUGUUUAUGUCCUCCUAACUUCUCCUCUGGUAUCAUUAUGAAGGAAAAUUUUAACUUUCACAUUAGACAUGAAGUCUCACGGAGCCUGGCAGCAGAGAAAAAAAAAUCUAUUUGAGAACAGAAGUCAGUGCAUUUUCUCUCUAAUUAAUUAUUUAAUUAUUUCUGUGCACAGAUUAAUAGACCAUAACAAACUACAUCUAAGAUAUUAAAUUAGAUGUCAAAGAUAACAACAUUGUUUAACAGGCAACAUGUAAACUUUAUACAUUUAUCUGUGUUCAAAAUCAAAACAAAACUGUUUAUUUGUCUGUUUAUUUAGCUGCAUUAGUCUACACAGUGGUAAAUGUGCAGGUCAUUUAUUGUAAUAAUACCUCAUAUUACUACUAUAAUUCAUUUAGUAUUUGUCGACACCACAGCUGCUAACACUCUCACCAGAGUAGAAACAACAUGUUCCUGCUGCUUCACUAAAUGAGUUGCAACAUUAAUCCAAAAUAAAGUGACAGUUUGUCGCAUCUAAAUGAGCCACUUAGACAAAUUGGUUUGGAUGGAGAUAUGUGGGUAUGCUGUGUAUUUUAGUUGUUAUAUGAUGUUGUCUCUGAAAUCACUUAAAUGUGUUAAAUUGUUGAACAAUAUAGUCUGUUCUUUUGUGUACAUAAAUUGUUUAUUUGAGAAGAAAAUUGAUAAAAUAACAUCAGUUUGGCUGAAUAUCCGAGUCUAUGAGUUGGAAAUUUGUUAUUUUGGGUAUAAGGCUUAUUUUUUUAUUACUUUUGCUGCUUUAACGGCCUUAAAGUUUAAAUAUUCUAACUGUAUAACCUCAAAACAGCAAAACUUGAUGAUGGGAUGAAAGUUAGACACCAGCAGUAUCAUAUAUAACCUUCACUGACACAGUGAAAUGUGGAAUAUUUCUAACAUUAAUAAUGUGACACGUAAAAUACUGAAGCCUGAAAACUGGUUUUCAUUAAAUGGAAAAAAUAAAGUUGGUAUUGAACAUUUAUCUUUUAAUUUUGUUUUCUCCAUGACAUCUGCCGGGCUCUGUAAAAUCUGAUGCUCAGAUUCUUUAGGCUCUUUAUUUACUUCUCUAACGCCAUCCUCAGGAUGAAACUGUCAACACACCUGCACACACAAUCUCAUGAUCUCAUACUGAGUCAGAUGAGGAACUGAGAUGUUAAAGCUACAUGUCAUCACUGCACCUGAGCAGCCUGUUCACUAACCUGUGACCUGUCAGUCAUCUUAUGUUUGCUGUUUGCAUUUCCCUUUAAGUCUCCACUGUUGUGUUGACUGUGCCGACAGUAAACAGUUAAACAAAACCAGAACUCACAGUCCAAACAGGUGAUAAAUGCUCAGAUUAUGAUGCAGUAAUAUGAGGGUGUUUCUCCUGUAGCUGUCACUUCAUAUUCACUGUGGCCUUAAACGACUAACUUCCGGACACAGACGUGGUCACAUGACUGUUUUUAUGUGUUCGACAUGUUAAUGUAACAACACCGACAGAGACUGUAACUCUCUGAAGAUGAGGACUGUGAAUAGUUCACGACUGUACUGUAAAAAUACGAAUAAUAAAACAAGUAUGUUUGAAUUCAA